AUGAGCACUAGACCAACAGUCCCUUCCCCUCCGUCAUUUGAAGACCUCAAGCCUGAUGCGGUACUGGCUGAGAUACAGGAUAUAAUUGACUCCACCUUAGCUCUACAUGAUGAUCUAGCCGCUAGGUUCACAGCCACAAGCGCAGACUUUGCCUGCGUGAUCCGCCCCAUUGUGAACGAUACCAACCGGGCAGCAUGCCGCCUACGCAUUCUGACGACGUUGCUUGGCCAGUUGUCACCAGACCGGGAACUUCGCGAUGCCGCCCAACAGGCCGAAACGAUAGUCUCAGCAGCUCAAGCCAACAUACAAAUGCGGCCUGACAUUGCGCUCCUGGUGGCAGCAGUAUACGAGAAAGAGAAAAUUGAGCAAGAUGCGAGCCUCGAUGAUCAAGAUCGACACUUGCUCGCUCAUGUCCAUAACGAGUACGUGCGCUCUGGAGCGUGCUUGCGAAGCGAUGACGAGCACAAAGAACUACGCACCGCGCUUGAACAGAUCAGUGAUCUGCGAACUGCUACGCAAGCUUCCUUCACAGAAGAAGAGGACGGCAUCUGGUUUGAACGGUCGGCACUGGAAGGUGUUCCAGAGAACAUCUUGGCAACCUUGGCGUAA